AUGAAAAUCAAUCGUUCUGAUUUUUGUUAUUAUUUUUUUAGAGUGAUUAACAAACAAUCAGACGUUCGUAUCAAGUAUCAAAUACGAUCGAUCAGUCUGGAGAGUUGUCACCCUAGAAUCCUUAAUCCUCUUUGAUUCAGGUUUCAAGUUCGUUCCUGUGCUCGAAUUCUCGAUCUUUCCUAGUGUAAAACGCACAUUUAACCAUACCUUGUAGCACACGCUACUGUUAUUUUAUAGCGGCGGCGAAACCUUUGCGCCGAGAACCAAAACCCUCCAUGGCGAUGAGAAACCUUUUGUUGAAACCCUCGUCGAUGAUCAUUGCCCCAAAACCAAUUGAACAGUCUCCUUCUCGAUCUAAAAGGCGUUUCUUAUAUACUCCGCCAACCUCUCAUCGUUUUUCUUCGAUGCAUGCUGCACUGCCCAUCUCUGCACUCGUUAAGGAACACAAGGGUUUUAGUGGCAACAUGAACUGGGGUGACUUUUUGGGCUCCAAUUUAUCGUCUUUUUGGGAUGAUGCCACGCAAACGGAUGAAAAGUUCUUAUGUCAAUGGUCGAAAGAGGACACUACUGUUGCAACAAGAGAGACCGAAGAUGACACCCAGAAAAGAAAGAUUCAUAAAACUAAGAGGAGGGCUGCUAGUAAAAUAAGUAGAAAGAUAUACACGGUUAUAGUGGGAGCUUCUUUUUGUGCAGUUGUAGCAAUUUUCUCUUUUGUCCUACCAAAUCAACAAGCACGCCGUUGCAUUGUUGUCCCCUACUCAGAUCUUGUUGGCAACAUUCGUGAUGGAAAUGUGAUUCAUGUUCAAUUUGUGGAAAAUUCCCGUGAAAUCUACUAUAACACCAAAUCAUCAACUGAAACCCCACAAAUUGAUUCAGUGCCAAAAGGAUUAUUGAAAGUUUUUGUACCCAAGUGGCAGUUUCGCACAAGAAAUGUUGGAGAUGAAAAAUAUGGGCUUAUUAAGUUGCUAAAAGAUAAAGAAGUCACAUAUGGUUCAGACCCUGAGCAGUUAUCUGGAUCAAUGAAGAAUUUCUUGUUUGUAAUGUUACAGUUAGCCCCUUACUGGAUCAUGGUGUUGAUUUCGUGUUAUCAGCUUAACGCACAACAAAAUCUUGGAAAAAUGACUAAAAGAAAACCAAGUAAGAAACAGUCAGUAACUUUCGAUGACGUGGAAGGAGUCGAUUCUGCCAAAGCUGAACUUCUCGAGAUUGUGUCAUGCAUUAAAGGAGAUAGUAAAUAUAUGAAACUCGGGGCGAAAUUACCACGAGGGGUACUGCUUGCUGGACCUCCGGGCACCGGAAAAACAUUGCUGGCCCGUGCGGUGGCCGGAGAAGCUGACGUGGCGUUUUUCUCGAUUGCUGCUAGUGAAUUGGUGGAGGUUUUUGUCGGGAAAGGGGCGGCGCGUGUCCGGGAUCUUUUUAAGGAGGCGAGAAAAAGUUCACCAUCUAUUAUUUUUAUCGAUGAGAUCGAUGCUGUUGGAGGGCAACGUGGAAGAACUUUGAAUUGUGAACGUGACCAAACUUUAAACCAGCUUUUGACUGAGAUGGAUGGGUUUGAGAAGGAAGCAAGUGUGGUGGUGAUAGCUGCUACAAACCGGGCUGAGUCACUGGACUCAGCUUUGAUGAGACCGGGUCGGUUUUCCAGGAAAGUGGUUGUGGGUGUACCGGAUGAAGAGGGAAGGCGAAAGAUUUUCGGUUUAUAUUUGCGAGAGGUGCCCUUGAAUGAGGACAAAAAGGUCAUUUGUGACCUUGUUGCUUCGCUUACACUGGGCUUAGUUGGGGCUGAUCUUGAAAACAUAGCUCAUGAAUCUGUACUACUUGCUGCUCGCAGAGGUGGUGAUUUUGUGACCAAGGAUGAUAUUCUUGAAGCUGUUGAGAGGGCCACAACCAAAAUUGGUAAUGAUGACGAUGAUGGUAAUGUUUCUCUCUGCCUCUCGCCGCCUCUAACCCUCAUCGGACAGCCACCGUCUUCCUUCUUUUCCAUUAACUCACCGAACUUCAGUUGA